CUGUUUCAACACUGUAACGUGAAGCGUUAGCGCAACUUUGCAACCAUGAAUCGAGCUAUUCUGUGUCUUCUUGGUAUGACUGCCAUGGUCGUCAUGUGUUGUAAGUAAAUAUAUUAUAAGAGUAAAUUCUUUUCAGUAUUCCUGUUGACAAAUUUUGAACCCGUUUGUUAAGAAUUCGUUGCGGUUCGUUCUGCGCACGCGUACAUUGAAGUUUCCAGUCGCGAUUUAAUUAGAUCAGGGCCGUACGCAGAAUUUUUUCACCAGCAGGCAGUAAUAUUAUGCUGAAAUAAGUACCCAUAUAUGUCAAUGUAUUCAAAACUAUAUCUGAUAGAUGUGAAUGUGCUUAUGACCGCCCCCAUAUACAGAAUCAUACAUUUUGAUUCACCAGAUUAUAAAGGCCAUUUGCCUAAAUACUAAUUUAUCGUUGAUAAUACAUAGUUUCAAUUUAUUUCAGUACUUCGUUAAUUAUAACAAACUCAUUAUAUUUGUAUAGAAAAAUGUAAACAGAUCUCAUAUACAUGUACGCGAAUGCCGAAUUCACAUCUUAAUUAACCUAUAAUACCUGAACUUUAAUAAAUAUUUGUAACUAAUGUCAAAUUCAUAAUUGACAUGAUGACUCUUUGAAUGCCUUUAAUUAAAUUAAGGUUUAAAUAAUCAAUUAGAUACCAAAUCUUUCAAAUCAUCAAAUGCAUUCUUUCUUGAAAUUAUCCCUAAUAAAAGAAUAGAGAAUCAGAAUUGAGUACUAUAUUAUGUAAAACAUUCUUAAUUACCAGUUUAUUCCAUACUUGUUUCUGUAUUUUUUGUAUUUACACUUUGUCUUAACCAAAUCCAUCUGAUUGGCUUAUCUUUUGUCACAUGGUCGCUUUUAUAUUCACUAGUGUACAAGCUCAUGUAAUUUUCCAUAUACUCCUGCUACCAAUUAACUUCCCGACGAAGGGCUUCGCUCGAAACGUUGAGGGUUCUCCUUGUGUUUUUCAAAAGUUGCAUUCCCAUCAGUCCGAGGCUUUCUUAUUAUUGGCACUACCUACACUUGCACAGAUCAUUGUAAAUUGGAAAAAAUAGAGCUAUCAGUCACCACUUGAUUUCUAACUAAUUAUGGGACUGAUUAAAAAAAAUUAAAACGACUUGCAUCAUUUCUCGAAUGAUUUCUUUGGAAUUUAACAUCAAAUUCACUCAGUUUGUAUGCCCCAGCAGUAAUACAAUAUAACAGCAAUGAAAAAAUAAAAGUGCAUGUUGAAAACAAACGGCCCGUUACAGCGGGCUCGUCGAAUAAAAUAUGUUUUCUUAGCUUCAGAACCGUUGGAGAAACGUCAAUUCGGCAAUUGGGAAGAGCUAUUCCCGGGAUCCAGUGAGAUGAGUCUUGCAGAAAAUAAUGAACCUGAUCAGUACCCUGAAGACAGCAAGAAGAAAACUAAAUCAAGCAGUAAGGGAGACUCAGGAAAUCCUGGAUCUGGUAAGGCAGAACCUUAAGUCCAGUAAGACACAGUCAUGGGUUUCCAUGAGUCCAGGAAGGAUGCUUAAAAAAUGGAUUAUUUCUAUGAUGCAUGUGAAUCCCCAAUAUGAUGAAACCUUAAAAGCAAAAUGGAACUAAAAAUUUAGUUUGUCUCAUUUGAAAAAACAUUUAAUUAAAAUAAUGUAUUAAAUUAAUCUUGUUGCAGAUUUUUAUAUCAAGCUUAACUAAAUUGGAACAUUUUCACUGAACUAAUAAUAAACUGCCGCCAUCUUGGAUUAAUUCUUAACCUUAUGGUUUUGAUGACGUCUAGAGUGGUGCUAGGCAAAAUUGCCCCUAACUGACCGAGUAAAUAUCAAAAUUUGUUUUCAAAAAUUCAAAAUGACCAAAACCGAGUUUUGGACUGAUCAUUCGUCCCACAGUGAAAUAAGUAGCAUAUCGUGCAUGAAUAGUCCAAGAUGACGGACAUCUCACUAUUGUUUUAAAUCAAUAUACUUCAAGAAUCAAGUACGAUAUAUAAAAAUCCUUAAAAUGCUUUAUUAAUUAUUUCAAAAGAUUGCAACGUUUUUAAAUUAUAUAUAGAUAGAGCUGAAGACACCAAAAAAGUCUGUUUCAAAGGUAAGGUUGAAAAUACAUGUACCUGACCAAUACCAAAAACCCUUGAACAUUUGGAAUGGUAGUUAUUUGAAUCACUUAUUUGGUCAGUAUGACAUUCAAAAUUUUAUAUAUACGUUUCGAGAUUGGCGAACAAACUUAAAAAGUAUGUUUAUUGUUUUAUCUGUAAAAUAUUGCGAAAAUGAAGAGAUCUUAGAUGGCAUGCCAAAGAGAAAAUUAUACUAACUGAAGUUCGAAUGCUUAUAUUGCAUAGUUAAUGCUCGUCAACUGUACUCUGUCGCUCAGUUGGUUAGAGCGCUGCACCGGAAUCGCUAGGCCGCAGGUUUGAUUUCUGCCACAGGGCACAGGGUCUAGUUGCUUUUUUCUCAGCUGCCCCUAGCCAGCGAGCUAAGCUGCCCCUGGUUAGGUCUGAAAAUUGUAUGUAAUGCAUGGCUUAUAAUCUUUCGCUGGAAAUUUUCAUCUAGGAUACACAUUUCCACCAUCCACAAAAACCAUUCAAGUUGUGUUAUAGUGCUAUCAAGCGAAAUUCUCACAAUCUUCAAAAUACGGUGUCCACGUGAGAAAGAAUUAAAACAUUGCCUCAUAUAUUAAUAAGUUUCUACAUUUUAUGAAUAUUUUUAAACAUGUCAGAGUGCAGAAAAAUAAAGAAAUCUGGGAAAACAGCAGCCUGUAACGAAGAUGAAAUUGCAGUUGGAUGUCAAGGAACUGGUGUACGUGGAUGUAAAGUAAGCCAAGCUUAUGGUGGCCAAGGAUGCGCAAUAAGUAAAGACAGCUGUGGUUAUGAUUUUGUGAUGAAAUCGAAAAAAGCGCCAGUAAUCACUGCAGUAUGCUGUAAAAGAAAUGCUGUACAAAUACAAAACUAAACAUUUGACUACCAUUGGACCACUGGAACUUUAUACACGCUAAUGAUACCAACCAAAGCUUACAUAGUUACAAUAAAUAAAUAGUUUUAGAAUGAUCAUCAGAAAUGUAAUACUUAGUUUUGAAAUAAAGCUUUAAUUUGUUAUAUGCAU